AUGAGAUUCGUUCCUGCUGCUGCGGUGGCACUGCCAGUGUUGGCGGCGCAUGCUGCGCCUUUUGCUGAGCCUACUUGCAAGGAUACAGAUGUCUUGAUUCUUGGAGCUGGAGUAGCCGGUCUUACCGCCGCUCAAACCCUCUUAGACAACGGCGUCAAUGAUUUCAUAGUGCUUGAAGCUAGGGAUGAAUCUGGUGGCCGGCUUUACAGUCGCGAUUUUGCUGGGCAUAAGAUUGAGGUUGGCGCCAACUGGGUUCAUGGACCUGGAGGGCCAGAAACCGGCAAUAUUAAUCCCAUUUGGACCAUGGUUGAUAAUGCGAAACUGGAUAAUGUUAAAACCGUAAACGAGGAUAGGGUCGUGUUCCCUAAGGAGAGCAGAGAUGCUGUCCAGGCCGCCCUAAAGAAAGCUGAGACCGCUACUGGAGAUGUGUUGAUCGACGCCGUCGAUAUCCUGAAAAAAAAACCACCAGGAUCGGAGGCUGCAUCGCCGCCAGAGGAGAAUUCAGAAGUUUUCGGCGCUAUCUCCACGAUCGCUACCUAUGAUUACUUCUCAGAGGGUGACUAUUUCGUCUGUGAUGAUCACGGAUACGUUUCUGCUUUGCGGAACAAUGUGAGCGACGUUCUCAACAAGCAUGCAGAUCGUGUUCUCUUCAAUCACAAGGUGACCGACAUCAAGCACAAUUUGGACGGGGUCACUGUGACUAGCGGCGGGGAAUGCUUCAAAGCCAAAUAUGCCAUUGUGACCUUCUCCCUGGGAGUUUUGCAGAGAGGAAAAGUAAAUUUUGACCCGCCACUUCCACUCUGGAAACGUCAGAGCAUUGCUGGCUUCGAAAUAGGCACAUACACCAAGAUAUUCCUCAAGUUCAAGAGCAGUUUCUGGGACAAAAAGCAAUUCCUUCUGUGGGCAGAUCCUCAUGUUCGCGGCAACUACCCAGUAUUCCAGCCUUUAGAGGUCACUGAGGCGUAUAAGGAUUCUCACAUUCUCGUGGCCACGGUGACCGGAGAGCGUUCUUACCGCGUCGAGUCUCAGACAGACGAAGAGACGAAGCAGGAGCUCCUUGAGGUGCUGGAGCACAUGUAUGGUGAUAAGGUUUCCGAAUUGGAAGAAAUAUACUAUCCGAGAUGGACUACGGAAGAUUGGUCCUACGGAUCCUACUCGUACUGGCCACCAUCGACCAGUUUGCAAGAACAUCAGAAUCUCCGCGCCAAUGUCGACAGCGUCUUCUUUGCCGGUGAAGCCACCAGCCAGGAGUUCUUUGGCUACCUGCACGGGGCCUAUUAUGAGGGCAAACACGUGGCCGAAUUCCUGGCUCGCUGUAUCAGGGGGGGGCAGCAAGAGUGUAAACAAACGAAUUACGAAGUGCUGACAGGAGUCACGCCGUAUGACUUGUAUAAUCCGGAUAAUGGCUGGUAUAUCUACAAUGAAACCCUUGGCGUACCUGGCCAUAACUGA